AUGGCAAGGGAAGGAGAUGAGAAAUCUGGGCGGGUCGUUCUUGGAGCACUCGCGGCUGCUUUGAGAAACCCGGGGGUGGCUGUCAGGGGCGACUUCGCAAAGGCAUUGAAAUGUGUACGAGGCUUAAUCGACUUCCACUUAAUGGCGCAGUAUGGGAGUCAUACGACGAGCACACUGAAUUAUUUGGAGAGCUAUCUCGAGGAUUUCCAUAAGCACAAGGAUAUCUUUUUAGAAUUCCGGGCGUACAAGAGGACGGUUAAGGAUGCGAGAGAUCGGACAAAAGCUGUGAAGACCUCAGGCUCCCAGAGCGCUCAGCGAGGUUUGGAGGAGAUUCGCGAGAUACGGGAAAGGUCUCACUUCAACUUCAUCAAUUGCACGUGUUAA